AUGACUGAUAAACAUGAUAAUAAUCGAGAUAUUGAUCUUAAGGAUACUGGCAAUGUCAUCAACAGCAAACAACAAACGUUCAAUGAGAUGACUACGAAUAGAGAGACUCUAGUUUGUUAUAAAGAUGUUCGUGAUGUAUUCAUAAGUCUUAAAGAAUCUGUUUUUCCAAUGGAAACUCAUUUAGAUAUGGGAAACAGUUAUAUUUACAAUGUCAAGUCUCCAAUAAACAAUUAUCAAGAAACUAGCAAAGGAAACGUCGAUGGGAAAUUAGACAAAAACGUAAACACUAGUGUUGUACAAAAUGUAAUAAUAAUAAUAAUAAUAAUAAUAAUAAUACACUUUAUUUAAAGAGGGUGGCACGGAAUAGUUACAGAAACUAGUAAACGUGGCCCUCUAUCUAAAUUAAAAUUACAAAAGCAUAAGAUUCAGAAUAUACAAAGUCUAAGUACAAAAUAAAUAAAACUAAGGACAUGAGAUAUAAAACAAAUGAGAAGUAAUGAGACAAGUUCUUUACAAAGCUGAUAAAAGAGAUUUUGAAAGUUAUAUAAAAAGAGAUGGUAGUUUAAAUAUGACCGGUAACUUACAAUUGAAUAAUUCUAGAAUUAAAGGAUUACCAACAACAACACCUCAAUCAGGUGAUGAAGCUAUCUUAAAAGAU